AUGCGUCUCAGACUGAUUGUUGGCAGGCAGGUCGCGAUACUGUCGCUCCUCGUCGUGUUGGCGCUCUGGUAUCGUGAUACAUUGUCAGAGAGGUUUGAGCCGGUACAGAGGCUCUUUCCUGCCUCAGGCGAGGGCGCGCAUACUCCAGCCAACGUGUCGCCUCCUGCAGCACCUUCGCAGCAGGCCUCUCUGGAGACGCCAGAAAAGGAAGUGACACCCAUUGAGAACGGCGGUCUGGAAGGUGGGCGUGUAGAAGACGUUGAGGUCGCGACUUCCAAGACAUUGCAGAACGUGGACGACUUCGUCCGGGCCAUUUUUGAUCCUGCCGAUGCGACCUUUGAGCGGCUCGAGUGCCCUGCGCCGCCGCCCGCAGUCUUGGCACGCUAUGAAACACUGAGGUCUCCAGCCGCCACGCCUCGCAACGCGCCUCGCAACACGCCUCGCAGGAUCUUCAAAUAUUACUUCGCCCUGGAUCUGACCCAGGUCGUUGAUCUUUUGCCCCGACUCAUCGGAAGUAUCGUCGAGGCAAUUCGCUUCCUCGGACCCGAGAACUGCGUGCUCUCGAUCGUCGAGGGCAACAGUGAUGAUGGCACCACCCUGGUCUUGGAUGCGAUCCGCCCGGAGCUCGACGCCCUAGGCAUUGGCCGCUACUUCUUCGAAACCAGCAGCAUCAACCCCAAGGAGGGCGAGAACCAACGUGUUACCAGUUUGGCCAAGCUGAGAAACCUUGCGUUACAGCCCAUGCUGGACAACACCCGCUACUACUCGGAGGACACAACCGUCAUCUUUCUUAACGAUGUCGCCAUCUGCAUGGAGGACAUCCUCGAGCUAGCCUAUCAGCGAAACCACCUGAGCGCUGAUAUGACCUGUGCCAUGGACUGGACUUAUGUCGGACGACACCCUGCCUUCUACGACGUCUGGGUUUCGAGGACGAUGACGGGCGAAUCCUUCUUCAGGAUCCCCGAGGAGAGGAGUUGGGACGAGGCUUGGAAUCUCUUCUGGAACGAUCAUGAGACAAAGAGUCGGUACACCCACCUUCCAUUCCAGGUCUUCAGCUGUUGGAACGGCGCGGUCGCCUUCUCGGCGGAUCCUAUUCUGUACGGAGACGUGACCUCUGGUACAAAGGGCUGGGGCAAGAUCGCCGUCGUGCCCAGUGUCAACCUCGAGUACUCGGAUGAUCAGGGCAAGGCGCUCAAAGCCCUGAAAGGGUACACCUCGAAAUGGGUCGGGCCGGAACAAGACAAGAAGUCCAAAAUAGAGUGGCAGCAGGAUCCGCCGGAACAGGUGAAAUGUAUGGAGGUCAUGGAAAAGCCAGAGUGGCGGCCCUGGGACGAGACUCUGGUCACGUCGUGGUCGCGGAAAGCCAGGAGAUCGAACCGCACGCACUGGAGACGCUGA